AUGACCGGUUCAACUAGACCUGACUUGGACCCAACGUUCGUUUCCCAGCUUACUCCUGAGAAGCUUGCCUUCUUCAAGGAAGCAUCCGGGAUCCAGGACGACGAGGAAAUCAAACAACACCUGGUCCGAAUUCAAGAGGAUUCAUACAGAGUCGUUAGAUACCCUUGUAUUCGCAAUUUUGGGUUCACUGAACAUCGAUGCACCAAGAUACCAGCGUACAAACAAGCCCUAAAGAUAGGCCAAGAGCGACACGGCGCUAUCUACUUGGAGGUUGGCUGCUGUUUUGGCACCGACACACGAAAAUCUGUUGCCGAUGGCUACCCAAUUCACAACAUGAUUGUCACUGAUUUGCGCCGAGAAUUCUGGGAUAUUGGACACGAACUAUUCAAGUCUACCCCGGAGUCGUUCCCGGUCCCCUUUAUCGCCGGCGACGUAUUCAACCCGGAGCACCUCGUUGUGCGAGCCCCAGCUUACACUGUUCCCAACACCGCUGUCCCAAGUCUGAAGACGCUGACAAGCUUGAAUCCCCUGUAUGGCCAUGUGUCAGUCAUCCACAUUUCCUCUGUGUUCCACCUAUUCUCGGAGGAGAAACAAUUGGAGCUAGCGAGGGCGCUCGGCGCGUUGCUCUCCCCAUUACCUGGAUCUGUUAUCUUUGGUUCACAUGGUGCCCUUCCUCAAAAAGGUUUCACUGCGAACGCCGCCGGCUUCGAGAGGGAAGGGCCGGAUGCCACACCAGGUGACCCCAACAUGUUUUGUCAUUCCCCUGAAACUUGGACAGCAUUGUGGGAUGGGGAGGUGUUCGAGAAAGGUACCGUAAAAGUUGAGGUCGAACUUAAGAAGAUCAACAAAUCGGAGUCUCUUGGAGAGCUUGGCCCUGUAUUUUACCUACUGUUCUGGUCUGUAACUAGACUGUAG